CCCCAUUUGGCCCGAAGGACACGAAGGACUCAUCACACGGCACACGGCGCUACAGGAUGAGGAUUAGGCGGAGCGUGAAUAUUAGCAACGGCAGUGUCUUUCAUCUAGCGCUUGUCACUAUGGCAGCGCUCGUGCGGCAGGUCAUAACCGAGGACUGUGGGCAGGAGGAGCUGGUACAGUGCACGAGACCCCUGCAAGUUCUGUCCACUACAUCGGAGCUGUCGUUCGUUACCAAGAAGGAGGAGCUGGAUAAACUUUGCCCCGAUCUACACACCGGUCUGCACUGUAUACGGAGCUACACCAGACGCUGCAUGAAUAUUCAUCAGAGAGAACACUUCAACAAACUCUACCACGGCACUAAUGAAGUGAUACACGAGCUCUGCGAGGAAGGACCUUAUCAGGAAGACUUUCUUAGACAUGCACCAUGCAUGCGGCACGUGAAAAAGGACUAUGAGGUCUGCGCGACCCGGUACCAGAGCACGAUGGCGAAAAUCGGCCAGACAGUGGCAACCACGACGACGACGACGACGUCCUACCAGCUGUACGGCGGCCCGACAAUGGCCACACAUCCGGCGGCUGUCCUCAGCAGCGGCCAAUACCACGCCGGUGACACGAGUCAGCACCAGCAUCACCAUCGCCGACAGCAACACGACCAUCCGGCCAGGAGCCAUCCCAACAGCACCAAGUCCAUCGAGGACGCCGAAGAGGAGCGGCUUCAAACAGUUUGCUGUGCCUUCCAGAAGUACAUGCAGUGUUCGGAGUUUACGGUGCGGCAUGCCUGCGGCGACGAGACGGCGCUUUUCACGCGCAAAUUCCUCGACAAGAUGUCCAACACGCUGAUGCGGAUGCACUGCGUCGAUUACACGCCGGAAAGUGGCAAAUGCCGGGAUUACUUCAGCUCGAGCGCAAUCCGACCGGGCACGGUACGGUGGGGCUCACCGGCCACGGUUCUCGUAGGGCUUGCGGUCGCGAACACCCUUCUGGCCAGGCACUGGACGGGGCGGUUUAUUUAAUCGCCCACCGGGUCCCGAUCACCCGGUUACAGAAUCGCGCUGACGGAAGACGCGCCCCAUUAACAGCUACAUCGGAAUUCACCGGUUUGCGGGUGGAACAAUGCAGCUAGAGCUUGGAUGAACACGUGUCGCAAACAAACAAACAAAAAAAUGGCGGCCAAUCGAGCGGAAGGACCCGUUUAGCGCGAAAGUCGAGAUGAACGUUGCGGACAAAAUGCAAAAUGAAAUGGAGCAAGUGGUGUACAUCCCUGGCGCUAAAAAAAAGGCGCGCCACACUAUUUGUUACAAGCGAUUGAGCACACGUGGAGCUGCAGGUGAGGUGUGUAGAAAAAAACCAAAAAUAGCGCAAAUUGUACAGCCAGGUGGGAAUGGUGUGGUGAGAAAAUAGGAAAAAUUACAAUCCUCCCAAAACGUCCCGAUGGCACAGCGGCUCGACCUAAAGAAAAUGCAUCCCAUUUCCACGGCUCGCUCGUUCUCAUUUUGGUUUGUUUCGGUUGUGGAGUGAGUGGUAUGCUUUUCCUUUUCGUUUUGGGAAGACGAUAAAGUAAGGAAUGCAUAACUAGAGAUGAAAAAAAAACAACAAAAAAUAGAGAGCAUUAAAGAGAGGACCUAUUAACUAUUGUUGCAAUUGAUUAUUCCUUAAAAUAAUGCCUUCACUAACACGACAAAGCGAAUAUAAUCUUAAGAAGGGUAAUGUGCGUUACGAACAAAAUAGAAAGAAAUGGAUAGGAUUAAUCCACGCGAAAGGUGGAAAAAAAAAGAAAUUCAAAAAGCGAAACCAUUGAGCUCAAAUCGAUCGAUCUUUCGCAGGAGGGAGACCAACAUUAACUCUUCCGCUUGUCUUGCGUCCCCAUCUGCAAUCGGGUUUGUUUUCCCUUGUUUGCUUUUCCUUCGCAUGACCAUUUAACACUAUUUAUUGGUAGCAAAUAUUUAAACACCGAACGAAUUGCCAUCGAACGCUAUCUGCAAAGUCGCUGCUUUACUCUUACUAAACCACUCUUAGCUUAGCGUGAGCUGGCGAACCAAUUUGUUACUUCUUACCUUCAAAUAGUAUUGAAUCCCUGGGAAGAAGGGUUGAAAGAGUGGAAGGAUGAAAGGGGGUGGGUGUGGAUGUAUUAGGGCGGUAAGAUGGUGGCCGGUCAACCGGCGGACGCGUGCAUGAGUGUAUAGAAGCUAGGAAUCGUACGUGUGAGUGGGAGCUGUUUGUAGUGGAUUAGUGAAAAUUUACUAAAAUUAUUAACAAAGGAAAAGAGCGAUACGAAGCACAUGCGCUACAAUAAAGAAGCAACGGUGAAUGAAAAGAACGACAUUGAAUAAAGGUAUCAAAAAUUGUACACUAUCAAA